GUUGCAGUAACAUGUUUUUAUUCCGACGGAAAGUGAAUCUGUGAAGUUUCGCGUAGUUUGUAGUGUUCCUCCAUUCGUUCGUUUUACUCUGUUCUGCAAAAAUGGCGACAACGUUCGCCGUGAAUUUGCUUCAUCCGUCAAUUUUGAAUUUCCAAUCCUGCAUUUUGACAGAGUCGCUCGUGAAAGAGUUGGAGUGCAAAAAUGGUGAGGAAUUUUUUGAGACAUUUGUCAGCAUUGGACUCUCCUCCCGCGGUAGUCGAGUUUUGGGAAGAUGUUGCAAAUCGAGGCUCUUAGAUGGCUUCAGCCUCAUCCAGUGCGACUCGAGAGUGGAGGAGCUGAUGUUCUCGUCCAACAACGCCCAUGAUGAGGAAGCUGACGGAAAAUAUGGGAAAGUUUGUUGGGAAGAGCUAGAGUUGGCCCGUCAUUUGGGAUGGAGGCUGAAGAUGAAUGGGUCCAAGGCAAAUUCUGGUUUUGAUGUAGAUGAGGACGAGCCCGAGUCAAGCGUGAGAUUCAAUGAUGCACUUUGCUGCACAUCAAAAGAUAUCCGAAUGCUCAAGUCGUCUACAAUUAAGAAGAUGAGAUUGACAGUGAUAUCUGACGCUCCACUCUCUGAUUUCCUUUAUGAGACAAAUCACAAAAUGACGAGUAGGACGACGGAGGAAAAGUCAUCUUCUUUUUCGAUGACUAAAACAUUUCAUCAACAAGAAGGGGAGGAAACCACAGCUGAAGGAAUGUCUAAAUUCCACACUCCCUCCGCCACUGGCACGUUUUGUACUUGGAAAUUAUUACGAGAAAAGAUUCGGCAAAUAUUUCAGUCAUAUGAGAUUCACGUCAGGUCAAAUGUCCUUGUGGACUUGAGGGGUUGUCCUCUUGCAGGGAAGAAGGGAUCUCUGGGCUGUCCAUCCUUCUCAUUUGUAUUUGUGGAAGAGUGUAAUUUCCGAGGAGAAGAAGAAGAUGCUGAAAAUGACAUUGGGAAAGUUGCUUCAAAAACGGAAAUCUUAAUUAACCAUGUUCAUCACAUUAGUCAUUACAAGCGUCAAGAGGAAGUCGCAACCACAACCGAAAGUGGACCUGCUCACAACGAGGAUCAAGUGUUUGGAGUUGAGAAUGCACAGAAAGUGCUCACAUCUUUAAUUGAGAUGCAGCAAAGGAACAAGAGUGAAUCGGACUCGGAAAAUGGAAAAUGUUUUCCUCUCAUGAACAACUUUCACUCGCACGGUUUACUCAUCGCUGGACCUUCUGGUUGCGGAAAGUCGCUGGUCGUGCAUGAAACUGUCAAAAAGCUACGUGCAAACUUGCUAGUCCACAAAAAGUUAACUGGGAGCAAUAGUGACCUCGAUUCAAUCGGGGAGAGUUGGGGGCAAAUUUGGAAUGAUUCCCUGCUCAGUGCAACCCUCUCCCCUACUGUUCUUCUUAUUCCGAGGAUAGACGAAUUUUUUCAAAUUAAUGAUCAAAACAAGGGGAAUAAUCCUACAAAAAAGUUGCUCAACUAUAUCUGCACUUUGUUUGAUGCUAUUCCUCCUUCGAAUACAAAGUUGAUUGUGGUCGCCACCACGAGCAAACCUUUCCUCAUACCGGCCAAAUUGAGAAGGGCUGGAAGAUUAGAAAGAGAGGUAUACGUCGGAGCUCCAACGGAACAAGAGAGACUUCUCAUUCUCAAGUCGUUAAGCAAAAAGGUACCCUCAUUGAGCAAAUUGGACUUGGACUCAGUUGCAAGGCGAACACCAGGAUAUGUGGGACAAGAUUUAAUUCGACUUGCUCAUCUGGCAAUUCUAAAAUCCUACGAGGAACAUUGCACCAAAGUGGCUGAGCCUCAUAUAAAAUACGCAUUAUCUCGGAUUUUACCCUCCGUUCUUCAAGGAAGUCUGGGGGUGGUUGAUAUUCAACGGACCACUUUACUAGAUCAUAUCGCCGGAUUACAUUCUGUUAAGCACGAUUUAAUUAAAGCAAUUGUAUGGCCGCUCAAAUAUCCUCAUGCUUUUCGAACAAUGGGUAUCACGCCUCCAAAAGGGAUUUUGCUUCACUCGCCACCUGGUUGUGCGAAAACAACGCUGGUUCGUGCCGUCGCAGCAUCACACCAGACUAAUUUCCUAUCCGUCUCCGCUGCUGAGCUUUUCUCCUCGGCUGUGGGAGAAAGUGAAAAAAUUGUGGCUGACUUAUUCCAUCGGGCGAGAAUGGCGUCCCCGUGUAUUCUCUUCAUUGACGAAUUGGAGGCAAUUGUGGGAAGCCGUCAAAUGUCACAGAAAAAGGAGAAAACGACAAAUGAGUCCAUUCUGUCCAUGCUGCUGACGGAAAUGGAUGGAAUAGGAACGCUGAGUCAAUGUUCAACGGAUAGAACGAUUUCGGAGACAGAUCCAAAAUCCUUGGGUCCCUUAGUUCUCGUUGUUGCUGCUACAAAUCGCAUCGAUAUGAUUGAUUCCGCUCUCAUUCGACCUGGGCGUUUUGAUAAGUUGAUUUAUCUGCCUCCUUUGGAAGCAGAGGGCAGAUUUGAGCUAUUGCAGAUCUGUGCGAAAACGACACCGUUCAGUCCUGACGUGAAUUUUGAAGAAAUUGCAACCAAGACUGAAUAUUACUCUGGCGCAGACUUGGUUAACCUGUGUAGAGAGGCUGGUCUCCUGGCGUUAUGUGAUAACAUGAGCUCCACUUGUGUUACCAACGAGCAUCUUGUUCACGCCAUGUCCAGACUGGGUCCUUCGCUCAAUACGACGACGACAUGAUGAUCUCUGGCGAAUUUAAUUACCUAGAUGUGUUUCUGGAAUUCUAUACGUACUUUUCUAUUUUAAACAGUGUCAAAUAAAGCAUUUUCUACUCGAGUGU